CCCUGGAUGAGAAGGAGCUGACAGCAGCUGAGUCCCACCUUCUCUGUGUGCUGGGAAGCAGGGCUGCACGGCCCAGGUGGCAUCAAUGCCGAAGAACAGCAAGGUGACCCAGCGUGAGCAUAGCAGUGAGCAUGUCACUGAGUCGGUGGCCGACCUGCUGGCCCUGGAGGAGCCCGUGGACUACAAGCAGAGUGUACUGAAUGUGGCUGGUGAGGCAGGUGGCAAGCAGAAAGCGGUGGAAGAGGAGCUGGAUGCAGAGGACCGGCCGGCCUGGAACAGCAAGCUGCAGUACAUCCUGGCUCAGAUCGGCUUCUCCUUGGGCCUCGGCAACAUCUGGAGGUUCCCCUACCUGUGCCAGAAGAAUGGAGGCGGUGCUUACCUGGUGCCCUACCUGGUGCUGCUGAUCAUUAUCGGGAUCCCACUCUUCUUCCUGGAGCUGGCCGUGGGCCAGAGGAUCCGCCGUGGCAGCAUCGGUGUGUGGCACUACGUGUGCCCCCGUCUGGGGGGCAUCGGCUUCUCCAGCUGCAUAGUCUGCCUCUUUGUUGGGCUGUAUUAUAACGUGAUCAUUGGGUGGAGCAUCUUUUACUUCUUCAAGUCCUUCCAGUACCCACUGCCCUGGAGCGAAUGCCCUGUCAUCAGAAAUGGAACUGUAGCAGUGGUGGAGGCAGAGUGUGAAAAGAGCUCAGCCACGACCUACUUCUGGUACCGAGAGGCCCUGGAUAUCUCCAACUCCAUCUCGGAGAGUGGGGGCCUCAACUGGAAGAUGACCCUAUGCCUUCUCGUGGCCUGGAGCAUCGUGGGUAUGGCUGUUGUCAAAGGCAUUCAGUCUUCGGGGAAGGUGAUGUAUUUCAGCUCCCUCUUCCCCUACGUGGUGCUGGCCUGCUUCCUGGUCCGAGGGCUGCUGCUACGAGGGGCUGUCGAUGGCAUCUUGCACAUGUUCACCCCCAAGUUGGACAAGAUGCUUGACCCCCAGGUGUGGCGGGAGGCGGCCACACAGGUCUUCUUCGCCCUGGGCCUGGGCUUUGGUGGUGUCAUCGCCUUCUCCAGCUACAACAAGCAGGACAACAACUGCCACUUUGACGCCGCCCUCGUGUCUUUCAUCAACUUCUUUACCUCGGUGUUGGCCACCCUCGUGGUGUUCGCUGUGCUGGGCUUCAAGGCCAACAUCAUGAAUGAGAAGUGUGUGGUUGAGAAUGCUGAGAAAAUCCUAGGGUACCUCAACACUAAUGUCUUGAGCCGGGACCUCAUCCCACCCCAUGUCAACUUCUCUCACCUGACCACCAAGGACUACGCGGAGAUGUACAGUGUCAUCAUGACUGUGAAGGAGGACCGCUUCUCUGCCCUGGGCCUCGACCCCUGCCUCCUGGAGGAUGAGCUGGACAAGUCUGUGCAGGGCACCGGCCUGGCCUUCAUCGCCUUCACCGAGGCCAUGACGCACUUCCCGGCCUCCCCGUUCUGGUCCGUCAUGUUCUUCCUGAUGCUCAUCAACCUGGGACUGGGCAGCAUGAUCGGCACCAUGGCGGGCAUCACCACGCCCAUCAUCGACACCUUCAAGGUGCCCAAGGAGAUGUUCACAGUGGGCUGCUGUGUCUUUGCAUUCUUCGUGGGGCUGUUGUUCGUCCAGCGCUCCGGAAACUACUUUGUCACCAUGUUUGAUGACUACUCGGCCACCCUGCCACUCACUGUCAUCGUCAUUCUUGAGAACAUCGCUGUGGCCUGGAUCUAUGGAACCAAGAAGUUCAUGCAGGAGCUGACGGAGAUGCUGGGCUUCCGACCCUAUCGCUUCUAUUUCUACAUGUGGAAGUUUGUGUCUCCGCUGUGCAUGGCUGUGCUCACCACGGCCAGCAUCAUCCAGCUGGGGGUCACGCCCCCGGGGUACAGUGCCUGGAUCAAGGAGGAGGCUGCCGAGCGCUACCUGUAUUUCCCCAACUGGGCCAUGGCGCUCCUGAUCACCCUGAUCGUCGUGGCCACGCUGCCCAUCCCCGUGGUGUUCGUCCUGCGGCACUUCCACCUGCUGUCGGAUGGCUCCAACACCCUGUCCGUGUCCUACAAGAAGGGCCGCAUGAUGAAGGACAUCUCCAACCUGGAGGAGAACGACGAGACACGCUUCAUCCUCAGCAAGGUGCCCAGCGAGGCGCCCUCUCCGAUGCCCACUCACCGCUCCUAUCUGGGGCCCGGCAGCACAUCACCCCUGGAGACCAGCAACAACCCCAAUGGACGUUACGGGAGUGGUUACCUCCUGGCCAGCACCCCCGAGUCAGAGCUGUGACCAUUGUCCCACCCUGCCUGCCUCUCCCUUCGUGCCCAACCUGCCUAUUUGUCUGGGCCUGGUUCUUCCUCCACGGUGGCUGUCGGGGCCAGGCCAGACCCUCUGCCCAAGGAGAGAGGAUCUGCCCUCCUCUUCUCCACCUCAGUCCCAGCAGCCUGCUUCCUGGCUCUGGGCAGGGGGGCUGGGAGCAGCUCUCCCUAAUCCAGGCCCCGGUCCAGCUCACCCUUGAAGAGCCUCUCACCAAAUUGCAGCCAUAUAACCAGAACAAUCUAGAAGCCCUGAUCCCAGUACAAGGGAGACUCCAAGUGGUCACUUUAGGAGUCACUCUGCCCUCUCUCUGUCCCUGGAACCUGCCACUUGUAGCUGUUAGGUCUUGGAGAUCCCCCCGUGCCACCAGGUGGUGGUGGCAGGCGGCCGUGAGGCCAUGGCGGGGUUGGCAGGGAGGUGGGCUUCGUCUCAGUCUGCCUCCGGGGCAGGACUCAUCUUCCUGCCACCCCAGACUAGGCAAGGGGCAUCCUGGUUGAAGGCUGGGGAUGGGGGCAAGUGUGCUAGGACUCAAUUCAGACUCAGGAAGGUGUUCGCAGAAGUCCCCAUAUCCAGUUUUGUGAGGUAGGUGGGACCUUGGCAGCAGGAGUGGAGGGGCUCUUCUACGCCCAGUUCUAGAUGGAAUAUUCCGAUGUCCUAGCCCCUGCCUGGGUGGGUGGGGUGCGUUCCUGCAUCCUGCCUGUAAGGACAGCCUCUGGGCCCUGAACCCCUUCCCACCUGUUAGGGCCUAGCCACCUCCCUGGUCAUGCCACUAGGCCUGGAGUCCAGGGUGGUGGCUUCUGCCUCUGCCCUAGAGACGAGGGGAUAGUGUAAGGGGAGGUUUCCAGAGCACAGCUUGGUGGUUUCCAGCACAAGUAGAUGGUUUGGAGCACAAUCGUGAAGCACACUCCCCUUCCCCUCACCUGGGCCUGAUUUUUUCUCUGCGGCAGCUUCUCCCCUGGAACGGGGCCCCUGGGGUUCAGGGGCUCAUCUCCAGGAAGCCUCGCUCCCGGGGAAAGACAGAUAAUUUCACUGCCCCUUUGGGCCACCAAUCACUCUGUUGCACAAGCACGGCCAUCUAGUGGCCUGUCCAGUGCAGACACCUUGGCAAUGUCCCUGCCUCCUCACCCGCGGCAGGCAGCCCCACAGGCAGGGAGCACCCCGGACCUUGGAGGGUGCCCCAAGGCCUAGCACCUGCACCCCCACACCCUUAUCGUCAGGGCCUCCCCUGGAGAAGGGGCUGCUCUGGCAGUGCGGCCUGGGAGGGUGAGACCCUGACCUGAGAGUAAAUGGAUGGAUGGAUGGGUGGAUGGAUGGGUGGAUGGAUGGGUGGAAGGAUGUGUGGAUGGAU